AUGUGCAUUAAAAUGAGGGAAAGAAUUGCGAGGGGGCAUUGGUGCAAUGGAUUGGGACUAGCUGUAUGGGGAAAGUAGGUGACAUCAGUUAAGAAGGGAGUGUUGAUGUAACAGCUGCUCUACCUUACAGGAGAUUGGAGGGGGACUCCGCUGACGUCCUCUGAAUCUCUCUCAAGGAGAAACACGCAUAUCAACAAACGAGUAGGGCGCCUUGGAUCGACGCUGCUUGCUUUAGUGGAAAUGUGUUUUGACGUUUUGCAGCCUACAUCCAGUAUUCAGACAGGCGCGUGCGUUAUCAAAUCCUCGAUGCAUUCUCUUCCCAUCAUCCAUGUUUCUGGACAUACAGUCAUAACAACAAUCUCAUAACCAACACAGUGAAGGUGAUGGUGAAAUGGUCAGAACCGAGAGACUAUUUGAGAAGAAGUCCAUGCACUUGAUGUGUGAAGGGCAAGAAGGAGACGGAAAGUGCGGGUGGGUAAUGUGGCGUUGUUCAUGCGACUUCGCCCAGGCUGCCGCUCUCGAGCAACCGUAUCGGGACCAGCGGCGGAUGGGGUGACUUACCCGCAGGGGUAGACCCGGACGAGGGCCGCCACAUCCUGAAGCCAUCCCCGGGGUGUCUCCGUGGGGCUGGAGGGACGGGGGAAAGAUGCAGGAGGCGACGGCAGAUGGAGAGGAGCCCAUUCUGAACGGAGCUGGGAGGGAAGAGCAGCGACCAGUGAAGCAGUCCUUGGCUGCCUCUCUGUGUCGAGAGUCUCACUGGAAGUGUCUUCUCCUCACUCUGCUCAUGUUCGGGUGUUUUGGCACAUUGGCCUGGUGCAAGCUGUGCAAAGUUCCAGUGCUAGCUCCGACAGAGCCCGAGGCUGCUGUCGUGGAGCCUGGAGACCCAUCUACGACCUCAGCAAGCUCCGAUGUCUACAUCCCCCUAGAAGUGGAUUUGGAUAGUCCCUGUUCCAGCGGCUACAUUUAUAUUCCUCUCGCUUUCCUGGCCAUGCUGUACGUGGUCUACCUGGUGGAAUGCUGGCACUGCUACUCCAAGACAGCCAUGUUGGCUCAAGCAGAGGUUGCGGAGGUGUAUGAGCGUGUACAAAGGCUGCAGCAAGCAACGCCGUGCAUUUGGUGGAAGGCCAUCAGUUACCACUAUGUGCGACGGACAAGACAGGUAACGCGCUACCGCAACGGGGAUGCCUAUACCACUACACAAGUGUAUCAUGAGCGUGUAAACACGCAUGCCGCAAGCUCAGAGUUUGACUAUGCGAGGUAUGGCGUCAAAGAUGUUUCAAAGGAGCUUAGAGGCCUAAUGGAUUACCCAGCGGUACGGCUGCGCUUCACCAAAUGCUUUAGUUUCGCCAGUGCCCGAGCGGAGGCUGCCUACCUCACCCAGCGAGCACGUUUUUUUGGUGAAAACGAAGGACUUGAUGAUUACAUGGAGGCACGGGAAGGAAUGCAUUUGAAGAAUGUGGACUUCCGUGAGCACAUCCUUGCUUUCCCAGACCCAGCCAGACAGCCCUGGUACGCCAGGCGUAAAGUUUUCUGGCUGGCCUCAGCCCUGCUCCUGUCCUGGCCACUUCGGGUUGUUGCGGAGUAUCGCACUGCGUAUGUGCACUACCAUGUAGAGAAAUUGUUUGGUGAUGCUGAUGAUAACAGUAGGGGUGACGUAACUGAGAAUGGUGGAGUCAACGAGAAUGGACACAGACCUGGACCUGGGACCGGAUCAAGCUAUCGUGCCAUUUCACGUGUCAAUACUGUGGACAUGACAGAGCUGGAGUGGCACAUUCGCUGCAACCAGCAGAUGGUGCCAAGCUACUCUGAGGCCCUGUUGAUGGAUCCUGGUUCCGGGGGUAACCAAGGUACCAACACUCCUCCAGCUGGGCAAGGGACUAACUCAACAGCGGGUGGCCCAACUCUUCCAGUGGCCUUCACUUCGGCCUACUUGCUCCAGAACUGUCCUCGUUGCCGCCGCACCACAAGCAGUGCUUCCCUUCCGUCCCGGCUGAGAGGCCCGACUGCAGCCCUGCUGAGUGGAACCAUGGCUGGGAUGAGAGCUAGUGGAUCAGGAGGUGGUCCUGGAGGCCCGGGACGGCUGGUUCUGAGCAGGAGCGGCUUCUCAUUAGGACGGCUCCAAGCUCCUCGGCCAUCGUCCCUCUUCCACUCCCGAAGUGUCGGUGGAGGACUUGCGACAAGAGGAGAAGAGGCAAGUGGGGGAGGUGGUUUCUUAGGUUUGGGAGCUAGACAAGACGAAGAGAGCAGAAGAGUACUGGGGGGAGAGGGUGAUGAGGAUGAGGAGGUGCUAAAUGUGGUGGACAGAGAAGGAGGAGGAGGUGAGAGAGACGUGGAGGAAAGAGAGCAACAGGAGGACGCAGAAGAAGAUCAAGCCAGGGAGGGAGACGGACUUCCUACAUAUCAGGAUGCCUUUUUCUUCCCGGUGUUGAUUGUGCAUGGAGAGGAGAGUUGCCAUUCAGGUGAGGACAAUUCCUGAAGAAUGCCCAUCAAAAAGUGCAUUGAGGUGGCAAGAAAAAAAAGAGAGAUGAUUAGAAAAGUCAUGGCCAAAUAGAAUGUGAAGGCAGUAAUUUGUCAGUUGAGCUCCACUCCCCUUGGUCACUGUUGCUAACUCAGACAAACUUUACAGAAUAUACCAUAAGAUUGAACUAGAGAUAUACAUACACUGUGAGUUUUUACAUUUUAAAUUAUGCAUGCAUAUGAAUGAGUAAAAAAAAAAGGUUAAAAACCGACGUCAAUGCUGACCACAGGAAACUGAAUAGAGACACACCAAUUUUUAAUAGAGAUGAAUCAAUACGUAUGUAGUUAGCAAUUAGAUAAAGUAAAUAUACAGCUUGUAUCAGCUCCAGGUACCUCGUGCCACUAUUAUGUGACCUGGUAACAAUGUUUUACCAUAAUAUCUGUAAAAUUGCAUUUAAGAAUAUCCAAUCACUCAGAUCCACCAUAGACUUUCAUUAAAAGUGCAAAAGCUUGUCUGAGGAAACAACUAAUGCCAACAGUUGCUAAGUGGGAUUGGUCCAUAAAGUUUUUAAGGCAGCACUUGGAGAUUGGUCAGUUGGUUUAGUUUAAGACUGAUGCAUAUAUUGACCAAACAAUGAUUGAUGUUAAUAUAAACGUAUCUAUGCAAUAAAGAAACAGCAAGAAAGUGUUUGUUAAACUGUAGGGGGAUGCACAACAAAAGAACUUUUAAUAAACUGCACCUCCUCUGGUCAUGAAGCAAAAUGCACCAAGAGACAUGCUAUUUAAAGACAAGACCAUUGGAAAGUCUUCCAAAGAUCAUGAAAAGAACUGUACAGUUCAGCUCAAGAGGAAUGUUAAUCUAUACACAUCAUAACAUACAGCUGUGUCCCACAAGUCAAAAAAAGUUUUGUUUUAUAUAAAAAAAGAAGAAAAACAAGAAAAAAGUGAAGAACCUCAUAAACUUGCACAAAAUGUUGGGAUUCAACUUCUUGAGACAUUUCAUUGGAACUAUUUAAGUAUUUUUUCUUUCAAAAUUCCCUCACUGCAUCUACUGUUCUUCUGAAAUAGAUCUUUGAUAGAACUAACAGAUUCCAUUAAUAUCACAAGGACUAUAAUCAUAUUAAGCUGUUUUCUUGCAGCUUCAUUGAGUAUUUUCUUUCUGCAGGCUUGCAAGUCCCAGUAACACAUUUUUGGUUUGCUUAUCAGAAAACUAGAAAAAGUAUGUGGAGAUGUUUCCUCAGCUGAAACUACAGCACCAAAUGUUGCUUCUGUGAGGUGCUGUAAUCACUUUGUUAACUUUAUUAACUUUAUUUACUUUAAAAUUUAUUGUUUGUCAAUAAUUGUUUAUUUGUACAGCAUCAUAUCACCAAUUUGCCUCAUGAAGUGCUUGACACAGAAGAGCACCUCACAGGUGCAGCAUGUUGCCCUCCAUCGUAGCCUCUUUGCUUAUCUUUGAUUGGCUAAAGUGUCAUGUGAAUAAAUAGGCCAAUAGUAAAUGAGACUGCUUAGUGUGCCAAGAUACAUCCAUCUCCUGGUAACUGUGGAUCCUCGUGAAGACGUCUUAGUAAUAAUGACUGAGAUAGCAAAGGCACAGACUGAUUCGGUGGUGUCCAGUGUGGAGUCCAUGUUGGCGGAAGCUGUCCGAAUACAAAUACAGUGCAAGGAGCGCAGCGCGGAGCUGGCUGCAGCCUCAGUGGAGCUGCACGAGGAGACCCAGAGCCUGCGGGAGCACUGUGAGUCCACACAGCUGGACAUGGCCCGCCUCCGACGGUUGCUAGACGAGCUACUGGAUACAAAGCAUGCCUACGAGGCCCGUGAGAGACAGACCCGAAAACUUAGCAAGCAGCUUUAAAGAAAGAGAACCAUUUUAAUGGACAUACAGAUUAGAAUCGUCACAUAGUGAAUGCACGAGAGAGAGAGUAGGCUACAAUGUAAAAAGUUAUUUAUAUAAUUUCAAAGUAAUAAAGUUUCAUUAUGAGCAAACAUGCAGUCCUCUAAUGAUUCUGCAAGCUUUCCUUAGUGAAUUUUUGCUUCUCAAGACAUUUAUUGAUGGACUGGAGUUGUGUGGAUUAUUCUGAGGUUUAUCUUUUUUGACUUUUAUUCUGAUGGCACCCAUUCACUGCAGGAGAACUACUGGUGAGCAAGUAAUGUAAAGCAAAAUUUCUCCAUAUCUGUUCAGGUGGAAACAAACUCAUGUACAUCUUGCCUGAAAUUGUAUGGAAAAGGGUGCCAUUGUUUCUCUGGGCUUGUUUUUUAAAAUUAUUUUUCAUAUACUUAUUUCAUAUAGCAGCCAAAUGAAAUCCCUGGGCAUAAAAUCCCAUACACAUUAAAUUAAAAAUAUAAAAGAAUUCAUCAUGCACCUUUAAUACAUAGACAUAUUGUGAGACCAUAAGCAUGUGGUUGAUUUAAUUGCUUUGAUAUGUUCACAUAGCCAUAAACUCUGACAUAGUGGGUUCUACAACAGAUUUAGUAUUAAUAAAAAAAAAACUGUGCAUAAUCCAUAACCAGCAGAUCUAAAACAAUAGUAGUAAGUUAAAUGAAAAAAGUUGCACGAAAAGGAGGAGAAAUGUUUUGAUGAUGAUGAAGCAUUUAGUGGACACUGGACAAGGACACCUUGUUUCUGAGGACUUUAGUGCUGUGGGCAGCACCUCAGAUUUGGCACUUCGCCUAUGGAAAGCAGAUACCAUCACAGGCCAAAUUAUGGAUUUAUGUCCCUGUCAUCCCAAACACACACACACUCCUACCUCCCAUGGCUGUGUGCAGGAAAAAGCCAUUAAAAAAUGACACAUCUACUGGGCACAAGAUUAAUAGCCAAACACUCUCGGAAAGACACUCUCAAGCAGUUUUGCCCAUGUUAAGGACGCCAAGGACUACGAGUAGGAGAAAUGUGAAAUUAGGGGGGAAAACACUUAUGGGACAUUCCUGGCCCACAAAAUAGACAUAGGAGCACUGUCCAAUGGGAUUUACAGAGUAAUUCAUAUAAACAGACAGCAGAGGGC